UAGGGGGCAAAAUGCGCCGCCUAUUGUGCAGGCGUAUUCGGUGUGGAGAGGCAGGUUUGUCCCGCACCAACAUGGCGAUUUACAGCAGCCGGCCGGGGGUGUGAUGGUAGCGCGGCGGGUGAGUGGCCGAGAGAGAGAGAGAGAGAGAGAGAGAGGAGGCAGUAAUCUGGUUGGUGGAAGAACCCGAGGAUAGUGAGAGCUCGGCACAGCGGGGCCUAGCAUCAGGUCUGAGCAUUGGAGCUCGUCUCCAGAUUGAGAAGCUGAGAUGUCUGAGAGAGGUCCCAGUGGAGACUCUGGCCACUCUAGCGCCAUCAGGCCUCCUGUCACGGUGGGCAGGGGUCUGCCAGGACGACGGAGUUCUGCCACCGUUACCCCAGGUCGUUUGCCUUCCAUCCGCUCACGGGAUCUAACGCUGGGAGGAAUGAAAAAGAAAACUUUCACUCCCAACAUCAUCAGCAGGAAGGUCAAGGAAGAGCCAAAAGAGGAAGAUGCAUCUCAGAGAAAAGAGAAGAAAGAACGAGACAGGGAUCGCCAGAGAGAGGCACGGGGAAGGGGUAGAGGCAGACCCGAGACAAUUCAAUCCCACUCCAUCUUUGAGCAGGGUCCUGCUGAAAUGAUGAAGAAAAGAGCUGGUUGGGAUUCUUCCAUGGACAUGAAGGAGUUUGGAACGUCACCAAUUAUUAACAUAAAGAAGGAAAAGCGCGAGUCGGAGGAGGAAACCAAACAGAUUCUCCGCAUGCUGGACCGUGAUGAUUUUAUUGAUGAUCCUGGUCUGAAAAAUGAUGCCCGGAACAUGCCUGUCCAGCUGCCACUGGCACAGUCAGGCUGGCUCUUCAAGGAGGAGGUGGAGGACGAGGACAUGAAACCCGCAUUGCCGGCCAAGGAGGAGAAGAUGGAAGUGGAUAUCUCAUCUGUGAAAGUUAAGGAUGAACCUGAAGAUGAAGGUAUUGCCAACGAGAUUCAGGUGUCACAGAAACCAAGUGCAGUGAAGAAGUUCCCAACUGUGUCAAAGGAGGUUUCGGUAUCUGAGCUGCUCCAAGAGCUGAGUGUGUGUAAAGAUGAUGAACUGCUGUUUCUGCAGCUCCCUGAUACACUGCCUGGCCAGGCUCCCACUCGUGAUGAGAAGCCAGUAAAAUCUGAGGUUCAGACUGAGGAUGGCCAGACUGUGUUAUUGAAGCAGGAGAAGGCUCAGGAACUAAAGCAAGCUGAGAAUUCCUGCUCGCUGAUGGAUUUAACUGAAGGUCAGAUUGGGAAGCUGCUGAUUAGAAAGUCAGGGAGAGUGCAGCUUGUCCUCGGGCAAGUCACCCUGGAUGUCACCAUGGGAACAACAUGUUCAUUUCUCCAGGAACUGGUUUCUAUUGGAAUUGGAGAGAACCGGACUGGGGAAAUGACGGUGCUGGGACAUGUCAAACACAAGUUAGUCUGUUCUCCUGACUUUGAAACACUUCUUGAGCAAAGGCAAUAGCUGACAUUUGAGGUGCGCAUGUUAAAAGGCGUGACAGCACAGGAGAAGCAGAGAAAGUUGCAGGCGGCAGGGUGAGCUCUACUUGUUUUCUCUGAGCUGGGGAAUGCAGGAGAGUUUAGAAGAGUAAUGAAUGACCAGUCCUAAAAGGCAACUGGACUAAAACUUUAUGGCUAUAUUUAUGUCAUAAUGAGGGUUUGUUCUGGUCUGGCUUCCCUGCUAACUAGCUGGCUGCCGGCGAGGUGAUGUCUAUGAUCACUGCAGACAUAUUCAUGUAAAGGUUACUAAACCAUGGGAGCAGCUGUACAUGAAUUUCAGGAGCAAAGAUUUUCAGGGCUGGGGUAGGGGAAGAGGGGAGAAGUGCUUAGAUUGUGUCUUGACACCAUGCAACACUUACCAGGUACAUUUCUCUAAUGUGCAAUGUUACCCUUCCUGAUGAAUAUUUUAUUUUGAGGUUGUGUGAAUUACUUAAAUUUGCUUUCUUGCAUGUUUUCAGCCAAAGACGUAACUUGUUUUGCAUAAUUGGAAUAUAUUUCCAUAUUGUACCUCAGAAACUGGGAAUCCUUCUAUAGUUGUGGGACCGCUUCAUAGAGGAUCUUAAUUUACCAAGGCAUGGCAAUGUCAACAAAAACUAAGUUAAUCCAAUAUAAUUUAAAGUGAUGCUUUACAUUUUACCUCAGGCCUUCAUAAUUCACUGUUAUACUUAAACCCAUCCCUCUUGUAGUCUUCAGUACUUUACCCCAGUCCUAUACAGCUCAAAAAAAUGCUCUUGUGACAGGGCACAAUCUCUCACUGUACUGCUGGGUGUUUUUCACAGUUUUGAAGGUUUCACACUCUGUACUUUACAUUGUAUUGAAAUCCCAGUACUGUACUAUUGCAUAACAUUGGUCAAGGAAUCUCUGGUGGAUACUACACUCUCCCUGGUGUCAAGCAAUGUUACAGUGCAGGAGAGAGCUGACAGCACUAUUUGCAGAGUUAAAUAACUACCCUGACCUUCAUAAGGUGGUUACGUAAAUCAGAGGUCCACGUGACCAAUGUAGGAUGAGAUUGAAUACUGACAUUGGCCAGGACUGUGCAGGCUCUGAACUGGUUAAUGCAGUGUUUCACUCAAUGUUCUUGACACAAUGUAUGUUAAAAUCAUAAAGAGAGUUUUGGAAAAUCCUGCUGUGACAUUCUCAGUGCUGCGUUACAAUAUUUGGAUUUAAGUAUUUUUGGAUCUUGGACUGGAAAUAAAACAACUUCACUUUU